CAAUUACAGCUGCAAAAUUCUGAUCGACCCUUUUCCCACUUUACCCCCCCCCCCCGCCCUUCACCGUCGGAAUCCACCCGCACGCGCGCCGCGGGAGAUGGCCACGGCCGCCGCGAGGCCGCCUACGGCUCCGCCGUCGGCUGCGGCGGGAGAUGUCUCCGAGGUGGAGCUCUCGGAGGCGGGAUCGCCGGACCUCGGCAGCCGGAGCAGCGGGAGCGGGAGCGGGGGCAGCGGCCGGAGCGCGGCGGAGUACUCCGGGUGGGUGUACCACCUCGGCGUGAACUCCAUCGGCCACGAGUACUGCCACCUCCGCUUCCUCGUUAUCCGCGGCAAGACCCUGGCCAUGUACAAGCGGGACCCGCACGACCACCCGGGACUGGAACCUAUCCGUAAAGGUGCUGUUAGUCACACUCUGAUGGUGGAGGAGCUUGGUAGGCGGAGGGUCAAUCAUGGGGAUGUUUAUGUUCUGAGGUUGUACAAUCGGUUGAAUCAAACAAAGAAAGGAGAGAUAGCAUGUGCUACUCCUGGUGAAGCCCGGAAAUGGAUUGAAGCAUUUGAACAAGCCAAACAACAGGCAGACUAUGAUCUGAUGAGAGGGGUUAGCUGGAACAAAUUGCAGAAUGAAAAUGAAAUUAAUCUUGAUGGUCAUCGUCCUCGGGUUAGGAGAUAUGCACAAGGCUUGGGGAAACUUGUAAGAAUUGGUAAAGGGCCAGAAAUGCUUCUUCGUCAGUCUUCAGAUCUUCGAGACCAGGAAAGGGUUAAUACGAACUUUGGAGGUGAUACUGGAGAUGCAUUUGAAGCACAUGAAUGGAGAUAUGUUCGAACAUUUAACGGUAUCAGAAUUUUUGAAGAUAUUACAAAUCCAAAGGGUGGAAAGGGUAUACUUCUGAAAUCUGUUGGGGUGGUCGGUGCAAACCCUGAUACUGUGUUUGAAGUGGUUCUCAAUCUUGAUAAACAUAAGAGAUACGAGUGGGAUAUGUUGACAGCUGAUUUGGAAUUGGUGGAAACAAUUGAUGGAUACUGCGAUGUGGUUUAUGGAACCUAUGAACCCAAAUAUUUAAAUUGGUGGAAAUCCAAGAAGGAUUUUGUUUUCUCCCGGCAAUGGUUUCGCGGACAAGAUGGAGCAUAUACCAUUUUGCAGACUCCUGUUGGUCACAAGAAAAGACCUUCAAAGCAUGGAUAUGAGCGUACAAAGAUCAACCCAUCAACAUGGGAAAUAAGGAGUUUGAACACAUCUGGAUCAUCGAGUCCAAAAUGUGUUGUUACUCUUAUGUUGGAGAUUUCUCCGAGUUUUUGGGGCAGAUGGAAGAGAAAGCACUCCUCAAAUUUUGACAAAAGCAUCCCUUUUGCUUUGCUCAGCCAAGUAGCAGGUCUAAGAGAGUACUUCGCAGCCAAUCCAGCCUUGACAUCUGAGUUUCCUUCAACAGUAGUGAAGUCAAAAGCAUCUGAAACUUUGAUCAUCCAGAGUGAACAUGAAGAUUCUGAACCUGGUGAUGAAUUUUAUGAUGCACUUGCUAGAGGUGAAUCCUUUGAAGAUGAGGAUAGUGAUGAUGAUGAUGAUGCCACGAGUCCAAAGGCUGGAAAAGUGAAGUUGAAGAAUGUGUCAUGGGCUAUUGCAGGUUUGACUUUAAAGACAACUAAAGCUUUGGUUGAGACCAGUGAAUUGGUUACAAAUUCUAGUCCAGUUGCUGUUGACCCCAGCCAUUUCCACAGCACCCUUCAUAGAGCGAAAAGCGAAAAUGAUCAAAAUUCUUGGAGUGCACCUGGUGGGGAGAAGUUUAUGAUCAGAGGGAAGACUUACUUAGCAGAUUACACCAAGGUUGUUGGUGGGGAUCCACUUCUAAAGCUACUUGCAGUCGAUUGGUUCAAGGUUAAUGAACGCUUUGAUUCAGUUGCCUUACAUCCCAAAAGCCUUGUGCAGUCAGAAGCUGCAAAGAAGAUUCCUUUCAUAUUGGUUAUAAAUUUGCAGGUUCCAGCGAAACCAAAUUAUAACUUGGUUAUGUACUACGCUGCAGAGAGACCAGUGAACAAAGAUUCUUUAUUGGGUAGAUUCAUUGAUGGAACUGAUGCAUACCGAGAUGCCAGAUUUAAACUUAUACCAAGCAUUGUUGAGGGUUAUUGGAUGGUUAAGCGUGCCGUAGGAACAAAAGCUUGCCUUCUGGGAAAAGCAGUAACAUGCAAUUAUCUUCGCCAGGAUAACUUUCUGGAGAUAGAUGUUGACAUUGGUUCAUCAUCUGUUGCCCGGAGCAUUAUUGGUCUAGUAUUGGGAUAUGUCACAAGCAUAGUUGUUGAUCUUGCUAUUCUGAUUGAGGCCAAGGAAGAGAAAGAGCUCCCAGAGUACAUUCUGGGCACUGUUCGUCUGAACCGUGUGAAUCCCGACAGUGCUGUAUCAAUCUAAUUUAGUUUUUAGCCGAUCUGUGCAAAUUUCUUCUUAUCCUCAAUUUUUAUUCUGAGAGCAGCAGCAUAGCAUUUUAAAAAUGUGGAGUAGUAUUACUAUUUGCUGAUCCCCAAUCGAGGAUAACAUAUGUAUAGGCACGAGGCAUGACUACGUUAUGCCUUUCGUAAAUAGAAGAAGUCAAGUGUUAUUGUUAUAUCA